GCACUUUCUUUCACGGUUGUGUCCCUGGCAGCCGAUCAUAGCCCUCUUCAAGAUUUUUGUGUUGCUCAUCCCACUAGCCAAGUGUUGGUGAAUGGUUUGACUUGCAAGGAUCCCAAGCUUGUUCAGGCCAACGAUUUCUUCUUCAGUGGAUUACACUUGACAGGCAACACAUCCAACCCUGUCGGUUCUAAGGUGACUCCCGUGAGCGUGGCCCAAAUCCCAGGAUUAAACACUCUUGGCAUCUCAUUGGCUCGUAUUGACUAUGCACCAUGGGGAAUUAAUCCACCCCACACCCAUCCUCGUGCCUCUGAGAUCUUGACAGUCCUUGAAGGUCGCCUCGAAGUGGGUUUUGUAACAUCAAACCCCCAAAACAAACUUACAACUUUGAUCUUGAACAAGGGUGAUGUGUUUGUUUUCCCUGUCGGACUUGUCCAUUUCCAGAGAAACGUGGGACACAGUAAUGCCAUUGCAAUUGCUGCUCUUAGUAGCCAGAAUCCUGGUGUCAUUACAAUUGCCAACUCUUUGUUUGGAUCUACACCUGAUAUUAGCAGCGACAUUCUUGCCAAGGCUUUUCAGUUGGAGAAAAAUGCUGUAAUCAAUCUCCAAUCAAAGUUCUAGAUCACAAGCAAGCUAGUUGAUGGUCUACUUGAACAAACUCAUGGGUGGCACAUCUAAUUAUCCUCUUUCUUUUCUUAAAUUUUAUUUGUAAUAGCAUACGAUGUCUUCUAGUGACCUCGUGUAAUUUUAUUUGGUUGAGAUUGUCCGUUCCUUUUUUUCGUUAAAUUUAUGUUUAAAAUGACGUGUAUUAAUUCAUGUUGUAAUAUUUUAUCGAUUUGUAUUCAUUUUAUUGCCAAUCAAGAAAAGAAGUGAUUCAUUAU